AAAGGUUGUUGUGGUUAUUUGUCUAGUACAAUUUCGUGCGUGCGUGCAUUUUGUAUGCAUGUCGUGUGUUAGCUCUUGUGCAUUUACGUGAGAGUACAGCUUGUUAUACCGUAACUCGUGAUCGCAACCAACGAUGGAUGACGAAGCGGAGACCUACAAGCUGUGGAGGAUCCGAAAGACUAUUAUGCAGCUGUGCCACGACAGGGGAUACCUGGUCACACAAGAUGAAUUGGACCAGACCCUUGACCAGUUCAAGCAGCAGUUUGGUGACAAGCCCAGUGAAAGGAGGCCCGCAAGGAACGACUUAAUCGUGCUCGUCGCCCACAAUGACGACCCCACUGAUCAGAUGUUUGUGUUCUUCCCUGAUGAGCCAAAGAUUGGUAUCAAGACGAUCAAGACUUACUGCCAGCGGAUGCAGGAGGAAAACAUUUCACGUGCCAUCAUCGUCGUCCAGGCAGGCAUGACACCGUCAGCGAAGCAGGCUCUUGGAGACAUGGCACCCAAGUACAUUCUGGAGCACUUUCUGGAAUCGGAGUUGCUUAUCAACAUCACGGAGCACGAGCUUGUACCGGAGCACGUGGUCCUCACGCCAGAAGAGAAGACUGAGCUGCUUGCACGAUACAAGUUGAAAGAGAACCACCUGAUGAGGAUCCAGGCGGGAGACCCCGUAGCACGGUACUUCGGACUCAAGAGAGGGCAGGUCGUGAAGAUCAUCCGGCCCAGUGAGACUGCUGGACGUUACAUCUCGUAUCGUCUGGUAGUGUAGCGUAAAACAAUUUAAAAUUGUACGUGGGCAGGCGUCGAAGUGACGCGAACCAUCGGCACCACGUCUAUUGCCGAAUCAAUGCCAUUGUCCACUACCGGGAAAGGCAGGUUGGCAAACACGGGCAUCCUUCAACUCCACCUACUGUCACACUCUGCGGUAAAUGGUUGCCUAAUCUAUUUUCAUCACUUCAGACUCCAUGACAUAACUAUGUCAAAUCCAAAAGUGUCAUUGACGCUUUCCCUCAUUAAAGCGAUUUAUUUAAGCUGGUUGCA